AUGAUGGCUUCGUCCAACGAAGAUGCUGAGCUGAGGCUUGUCUCAUCAAUACGGUAUAAAUUCGCCAGUGUUUCUACCGAGGAGAAGAAGCUUAGUGAUGCACUCCACUCUCAACUUGUCCCUCUCCUUGAACGGGCUGGUAGUCAGUAUAAGGCUGUGAGAGAUGCUGCUUUUAAAGCAUUCAUUAGCGUCAACAACUUCGUUAAGCCUAUAGGCGUCGUGUUGCCCGUUGCAGCUCUUGUAGAGCAGUACAAAAAAACCAGUUCGCCUAUGGUUAAGCAGCUGGACUUAAACCUUAUAAAAACAGGCAUUCUAAGACUUGACCAACUUAAGCGUCGAGAGAUACUCCCAGUAGUAUUGCGAGGAAUCUCCAAGGAAACGAACUUGGCUGGCGCCGCCGGGUUUUUCAAUAUCUUCUUGCGUCUGCUUCUAGAAAUCAAGCUACCUGGGCGAGGCAGCAAGGAAGAUGUCGACCUUCGAGAAAGAGUUGGUCUUUCGGAUCCAGGAGAUGCCAGCUACAUAUCACAGUGGCUUGGAAAGCUUUUCUUAUUAAGACAGGAUUUAGCCUUGGCAACCGAGGGAGAACUCGAAGGGAAGCUCCUCGCUUCGCCGUCAGGUCUUACUCGUGAGGAUAUCGCAUUCCUUGAGAAACAACAACGAACAAACUUGGAAACCAGUGGUGCAUUUAUAGACGACGAGCGAUAUAUACCAAUGAUAUGCGCCGCUGGUUCCGCAGAUUCACGAAUCACAUCGAUUGCUGACGAUGGUAUAAAACGGUCUAAUGUUGACCUCGAAAACAAUGGCGUAGUCCAGUCGCUGUAUGACGCGCAUAGAAGAUUUCCAGUUGCCCAUCGGAUACAGGUCCUCAAGCUACUCUCUAAAUCAUCUAUCGCAUGCAGUUUCAAGCAAGAGAUGUUAGAAGCCGUGAGGCAGGAUUUCAGGAUUGUAUCAGGUGAUGAUGCAUCUGUUCUCGGUCUCGAAGGCUUGCGACUAAGCAAAGCAUUAUUGGCAUUUCUGGGCUGGAUUGCUAGAAAUAAUUCCAUUUCUAACGGCAACGGUGAUGAUAUUGGGCCACCUCUUGUUCUAAUCUUGAAGGACUACAUUCUGAAGCAAGGGUGGCCUGAACCCACACCAAGAGGAAACCAGUCGCAGAUUCAAGACGAACAGAGACUACGAGCUAAUGCAUAUGAAACUAUAGGUAUUCUUGCGAGAGGUGGCCGUUUCGAGUAUAAGGCAAAAGAUUCCCUCCUGAAGUGGCUCUUUGAUUCUCUAGUCUCCGACCCAAGCCCAGAUAUUGUGGUCUAUAUUGAGAGUGCCUUGUCAAGUAUGAUGGGUCUUUUCAAGCCAACAACUCCGGGGCAAACAAGAGAUCUGGAAAUAUUGCUCCUGGAAUAUAUGGCAUUCUCUGAAGGACAAGGAAGAAGAACAGCGCGACAUAUCGCAGCGCGCUAUGCGAAUAACUGCCUUCCUUACAGCAAUAUCCAAGCUCGAUGGAUCGAUAUUCUUGCAUUAGGCGGUGGUCCUUCUGAACGACGCGACGUACUAGAAGAAGGACAACGAGGGCUUGAUCCGUGGUGGGCUGCCAAACUUCACCCUGAUGAUGUUCUAGUCCUGCCCGAUUGGACACAACUGGUGCAUAUGUUCUUCAAUAAUGACCAUGAAGACAACGAAAACCGGAUGGAUAUCGAUCAGAAAUCCAAAUACACAUUAUUUCACAAUGAUCGCCUUCAGGCUUUCCCAAUAGCAAUACGCUACGUUAAGCAGAUCUUAUUUCUUACUGCCUUAGGCGAGGAUAAGUUUGAGAUAGAUUGGGAAUCGCAGCUAGAACGAAAACUUCAAAAUGACUUAGGGAGCCGGGAUCGUAUCAGGAAAUAUUUUGGCGUCGCAAACGUGGGCUCUCUCUUCACACUCCUUAACGCGGCCUUUGAUGGUCUUCGAGAUCAUCCCGAGCUUGGUAUCGAGGAGUAUAUUGGAUGUCUCGCAGACAUCUUGUCAUUUGCACCCUCAACAACUGUUAUAUCCCCACUGUCUGCGAGAACUCAAGAGUUACUUCUUAUAAUUAAGUCCAAUGAUCAAAAAGUUAGGAAAUUAGCGUCAAAGGUCUUCGGUAUACUAGCGCCAUGGAGUAGCCAGUCUGCCACCUUUAUUUCUUAUCUGCGGAAUUUUGUCACCCUAUACCCGGAGCCCUCUGCUUCUCAGUCUGCUGAGUACCAGGGUUCGCUUGUUUGCUUGGGUAGUUACUUCUCUCGUGCUGCUUAUUAUGGUAAGAUUAAGCCCGAAGAUGUAUCCGAACAUGCCCAAUUUAUCUGCCAGAGGCUUAUUUCAUCGUUGCGGAAGGGAAGCGCAGACAUCCUAGCCGCUGCUCUGGAAUCCAUCUCCCAACUGUGGACUGCAAAUAUUCAUUUCCCUGAGAAAGACGAGCAUCUAACGGAGAUCAUAGACUCCUUGGCCAAGCUUGCACUUUCGGGAAAUGAGAAAGCGAUUAGUACUUUGGGGAGGCUGGCAAUUCCUUCAUCGGCCGACGUCCCAGGCAAGGAGACAGAGCCGGUAACAAAUAUCCUAGAUAAAUUAUUCGCGUUAUCGGAAAUCAAGCGAACCGAAGUCCAUUUCGCGACUGGGGAGGCAAUUGCAUGUGCAAUCGCUCGGUGGGAUUCCGAAGCUGUGCAACUUAGCCUAGACGUGGAACCUUUUGGAUCGGGCAGAUCUGACAUCGUCGACAACCUUGGAAAGCGACCUCUUAGAAUUGAUGCCACGAUAAACAAGCUUAUUGAGGGUUGCAAAACUACUAAGCCUUCCGUUUUGAAAGCAUCUGGCAUAUGGCUUUUCUGCGUUAUCCAAUAUUGCUCAAACCUCCCUGAGAUCCAAUCUCGUCUGCGCCAAUGUCAGGUCGCUUUCAUGAGACUUCUUUCCGCUCGAGAUGAGCUCGUCCAAGAAACGGCAUCACGCGGACUUGCGUUGGUGUAUGAAAGAGGUGACCCGUCUCUUAAGACGGAGCUUGUAAAGGAUUUGGUCUCCAGUUUUACCGGAACUAAAGCACAAUUGAAAGUUGACGGGGACACUGAAUUGUUCGAUGCCGGCGCCCUACCGACAGACGAGGGAAAGUCAAUUACAUCUUAUAAGGAUAUUGUCAGUCUUGCUAAUGAAGUCGGCGAUCAAAGUCUAAUAUAUAAAUUCAUGGCUCUGGCCACGAACGCCGCGACGUGGACUGCUCGUUCCGCCUUUGGUCGCUUCGGACUAAGCAAUAUUCUGUCGGAUGCGGAAUUGGAUCCUAAGAUCUACCCAAAAUUGUACAGAUACCGGUUUGAUCCAAAUUCGAAUGUGCAAAGAUCGAUGAAUGACAUAUGGAAAGCGGUCGUCAAAGACCAAACAGCAGUGAUCGACAAAUAUUUCGAUGCUAUAAUGACGGACCUUUUGAAAAGUAUAUUAGAUGGAAGAGAAUGGCGUGUGCGAGAGGCAAGCUGUUCAGCGAUUGCGGAACUUAUAUAUGGAAAGCCAUUCGCCAAAUACGAAAAGUACUACGCCGAUAUCUGGAGGCUCGCACUUAGAGUCCUAGACGACAAGAAAGGUUCAGUUAGGGCUGCUGCUCUGAAGUUAUGUAUGGGGCUGUCAAAGACGCUUGUCACGCAGCUCCAAGAGAAUAACUCCUCCGCUUCUGCCAGAGCAAUGAUUGCUCAGGUUCUCCCAUUCUUGUUGUCCGAUAAGGGAGUUGAAAAUUCCGUUAAAGAAAUCAAGUAUUUCUGUAUUAAGACGGUUCUGGAUGUCGUCAAAAACGGAGGCGAUGCACUAAAACCAUUCAUCCCACCUAUUAUCACGCAUUUCCUAGGCUUGUUGAGCACCGUAGAGCCAGACGAAGUCAAUUUUGCGUACCAAAGAUUCAGUGAAGAGGAUCGCGAAAAUUUGGACAAGCUACGAGGCACCUUUGCUACUCGAUCGCCUAUGUUUGAAUGCAUCGUUGACUGUCUGCGGUUUGCCGACGAGGAUGUCAUGAAAGAAUUAGCCCCACAGCUGGUAUCGACCAUCAAAUCAGCUAUUGGAAUGCAGACCAAGAUUGGUUGUGCUGAACUUCUCAGUACCUUGGCACUUCGACAUAGCAUUCUGUUGCCCCCAUACAAUGCGCAAUUUUUAAAGACGAUGGAGACACAGAUCCUAGACCGGAACCACGAAGUGAACAAAGCCUAUGCUAGAAGUUCUGCAUAUCUGCUAAGAUCGGCAAAUUCAGAGACUCGAGAUCAAUUCACAUCGCGACUCGUAGACUUGUACUUUGGAGCUGAGGAUGAUACCCGCCGGCAGAAAGUUGCCGAUGUGGUUCUAGCCAUAGCGAAGGUCUCCCCUGAUGCAUUUACAGACCUUGAGGCUCGUCUCUUACCCUUUUCCUACCUAGCAAAACAUGACACGGACGAUUACGUAUCCGAAGAAUUCGAAGCUGUUUGGAGCCAACACGCCGGUGGGAGCCAUAGUGUAAAACGCUUCGUGGACGAAAUUACACAGUUCGCGCUGAACGGUCUCAAUACGUCGAAGUGGGCUCUUCAACAUGGCGCCGCCAUAGCUGUGGCGUCUAUGAUUACCGCACUCAGCAGUGCGGUUGGGAAAAAUGGACAGUUCGCCGACGCAGAUAUACAGAAAAUAUGGCCCCCGCUGGAAAAGGCCCUGUCGCUUAAGACAUUUACAGGCAAAGAGAAGGUAGUGACUGCAUAUCCUCUCUUCAUACUUCACGGCAAAAAGUUUUGGAGCACGGAUUCGGCUCUUGCAGUGCAAUUAAAAAAGAUAGCUAUCCGUGAAGCAAAACGAAAUAAUGAUUCAUAUCGUCCUCAUGCCUUCCAAGCACUCGCGGAGUUUGCUAGUGCCCGAGAAGAUUUAGAUAUGUAUGCAGAAGUGGUCGCUAUUGUAUCAGAUUACUUGAAAGCCGAUGAAGUACACAAGAUUACGGAGGUAGAACAAAAGACAGUUGAUGCCGCACUCAAAGUUACCCUAACAGCAUAUAAUCGCCAACGAAUGCGGGAGGCCCCGCUUGCCGUGCUUGAUAUUAUAGUGACUACUAUAGAGGGGGCAAGGGAAGCAAUUUCGUCGGCUAGGGAUACGUGGUUCACCAGCGCCGCUGAUGUCUUGAACCAGGCCGCAAUCUCUAAGGGUCCCCUGGACCCUUCAGCGGGUACGGCGGCUACUCGAUGGUUUAGGCUGCUGGUGGCAGAUGAGAGUGAUGUUAUCCUUGAAAAUCAACGCUCAAGCCGGGCAAAAGCGCUCGGGGCUUUCGUGAUGGCGCUAAAGAAAGGCAUUUUUGGCGCAGUUAGCGAACAGGGACCUUUACUUGAUGAAGUUGGGCGGAAGUUGAGAGCUAUGAUAGAAACAGAAAGAUCCAUAGAUGUACAGAAGCUACUAGAGAAAGUUGUUCAACAGCUUGCUGUCUAG